AUGUCUUGGCUUUUUGGCUCGCUGCUGGCGCCAGCACCUGCUCAAGUGAAAGAGGCUAACCUGGCCGACCCGGCGGCUGCCCGUCUCGACAAAAACGGCGUUCCCCAAACUGAAAUCGACAGAACGUCGAGCUUUCUUCAGUCGCCAUACUUCGCCGAGGCUGCUAAACUUCACCCUUUGGCCGGUUUAGAUAAGGGUGUUGAAUACUUGGACCUCGAAGAAGACAGACUUACAGAGUUGGAGGGUGCUCAAGGUGUCAUUGCCCUGAGAGACUGGAAGGACGACUUGUGUUACGGCACCGGUACAGUGUAUCUUUUGGGGCUCGGGAUUGGUGGUGCCUACGGUCUCCAAGAGGGUUUGCUGAAGAUGCCUGCCGACUCGCCUCCAAAGUUGAAACUCAACACUGUUUUGAACCACAUCACCAAGAGAGGUCCCUUUUUGGGCAACACUGCCGGUUGCUUGGCCAUGGGCUACAACAUUGUCGAUGCUUUGCUCGACCACUGGAGAGGCAAGCACGAUGACUUGAACUCUUUGACCUCGGGGGCGAUCUCGGGGGCGUUGUUGCGUUGCGCGCUGGGAGUGAAGCCCAUGGCGUAUUCGGCGGCAAUGAUGACGGGCGCUGCGGGUGCCUGGUGUGCCUUGAGAAGGGUUUUGCAAUGA